AUUAGUAGAGCUGAGUAUGGUUUAAAUCUACGGUUUCUGUCAGGCUUCUGUAUACAAAAAUAUACGCAAAAAAAUCUACGAGAUUGCUUCCAUAACGUUUCCAUCGAUAUGGUUCUUGAGUAGACGCUAAAUUAGUUUAUCUGUACAUACACCGCAACGCCUAGUUUAUUGCCUUGAGUCGGACUUCUUGGAUGCAUACAUUACCCAUGGCAUUUUCCUAGAUCGGUGUUGGCGCGUUUUUGUAUUGGAGCUUGACAAGAGUUUGCGCAUGCAGUUGUAAACUAUCUUGAAUUUAUGAAAUUGAAGUUUUGUAAUAUAACAUGAGUUGAAUCCUAAGUGCCCGUUUGUAAGAGAAUAAUUUUGUGUUGCACAUAAUUUUGUAUCUCAUAUAUUAUCACAAAGUCUACAGGGAUGGUUAGACGAAAAUCAAUUUCACGUAGAUCAUCCCGAUCAUCAACUUCAUCGAUGUGUUCCAAAUCAGUCCAAGAGGUAGACACUAGGACACAUAUACAUCCAUCAAAAAUAUUCCACAGUGCUCGAGUCAAAUCGGGUACCAGAGCAUUGCAGCAGAUCAGAGAGUUACAAAAAACUACCAAACUGGUAAUACCUAAAGCAUCAUUUUCUAGACUCGUCAGAGAAAUUGUUUUUGAUCUCUUUCCUCGGCAUGAUAACUAUAGGAUACAACUCAAAGCUUUGGAAGCACUUCAAGAAGCAACAGAAAUGUAUAUGGUGCAAUUCUUUGAGGAUGCAGUUUUGUUGACAUUACAUGCUAAGAGAGUAACACUACACCUACCAGAUAUGAGAUUAUUGCGACGACUCAGAGGUCGUAAUGACAUAGUGAACAGAUAACAUCAUAGAUUGGCAUAUUCCGAUUUUUAAGAAAAUUUAUUUCUCUAUGUUGGAUAAUCUCAGAAACGCCGAUAGAUCUGAUAGUGAGAAGGGCGUUUUUUAUUAAAGCUUUACCCAAGUUUGAGAAAAAGAUUUGAGUUGUUUGUGCUGCUCAAUUUGAAUGACAGAUGGCUGUUCCAUGACUUAUUAGUAUUUUGUGUUAGUCGUGAAUUAUAUACUACUGACAUAGUUACCUAACGGUUCUCAAAUUUAUCACGAAUAUGAGCAGCCUUCAAAAUAUGAAACAAUAAAUGUUGGAUUUCUCUUCAAUUUCUUGUUCUAUCUAAUUGUUUCUCAAUGCAAUUCAAUUUCUGAUCAUUGAGUUGAGUCUCAUUUUAAGUAACUGCACAAUAAAAGUGAUUUAGUUCAUUGGAAUGGUGCUAUAGAGAAUAAACAAAAAAAUAAGAAAUAAUUAUUACUCAGCCUCACUAUUAUCAACUGACAGAUAUUGAAGGAACUCAAAUUUAUUUAAUGUAUGGAGAAAACGAGCUGUUUAUGUACUUUUCAGAAAUUUGAAAUUGGGAGAGGUCUUUCACUAGCGACGAUUUAUAUUGAGUAUUGAUAUUCCACGUACCGUAUUUAUACUGAACUCAUUGCUCACCUAUUUUUUCUCUAGAUGCACUUAUUUUUCUCAAAUUUUUCCGAGCGAUUGGACAAGUAGGAGCCCUGUAAAUGCUUCCACUUGCCCAAUAGCCCAUAAUUGCCUACUUACAAUUAGUCAUAUGAUAGUAUAAUAUUAUUUAGGAGGGGCACAAGCAAUCUGCCUUCUUGGCAAAAUUUCUGGAUUUGCAUACUUCUAUUUGACUUACAUCAAUAUCGCCAGGUGGUUCCUUCUAAUAGAAUUUCAUGUUGGUCCUAGUCUAAAUAUUGUUAGUGAAUAGAAAUGAAUACACAUCAUCUGCUACGGAAUUAUGUGCCAUCUCUAUGAUUCGUAUAAUUACAUUCCAUACUUACUGUUUUUUGUUCAAUAUAUCUCAUGUAAUAAAAGAAAAUUCGAUGAAAUAAAUGUUACAGGUAGCAGGUUUA